AUGUCUGCCGGAGGGCCUUGGAUACCCCUUUUAGUUCAUGGCCUCUUUUCACCCGUAUGGGACACUACACUGGCCGAGUUCGCAGAAGACUGGACAUCCAGGUGUGAAUUUGAACACAGCAAUCAACAAUACGGGGAGAACUUAUACCAAAAUGGACCUUUGGACGACAACGCCACGUAUUUGGCCUACAGAAGCGCUGCAUCCUGGUUAAAGGAACUGGAAUAUGUUGAUGAUGACUGGGAAUGUAUUGCUCAGGAUUCACCUACCUGUGGUCAUUAUUCACAGAUGGUGUGGAGAGAUUCAGUAUCAGUUGGCUGUGCCAUCACUCAGUGUGAGGAAAAUGAAGAAAUGCCCAACCUGGUUUCAUGCAACUAUGACCCACCAGGCAACCACGGUGGACAACAGCCUUAUUAGAUGUGAUCAAUGGAAACGAGCGGUUAUUUUUUGCGCCUUACAGUGCACGUUCCA